CUCCACGAGAAUUUGUUCCUUCUGUAUAGCCAUUUCUCGACCGGAACUAUAAAGAACCACCCAAACUCAAAUUCUCUUCAGCAGAGCUCUAAUCUGCAGCUUAAAAUUUUCCCAACGGGGCGAAUUGAAUGACAAGCUACAAACAGCUUGAGGUUGGAUUUGAAGAUCCAAAUCCGCGGAAAUGGUGCGUGCCGCUAAAGGAAGACGCGUUUGCCAGCUUAAUGGAGAAGGGGAAUAACGCAACCGCGGCGGCGCAGAAGGUCUUCUCCCAAGGCUCACUCUUCAGUCCGUUUCUGUUCGGGAAAUUCUUCGAUCCUUCCGACGCUUUCCCGCUAUGGGAGUUCGAAUCGGACGUUCUGUUGGCCAAUCUCCGCUGCUCAAAUCACUGCACCGUCGAUUGGCUCCAAACGGAAACAGACUACAUACUCAAAUCAGAACUACCAGUGACAGGAGUUCAGAUCUGCGUAGCAAACCGGAAAGUGUUGGAAAUCAGCGGCCUGUGGAGGCAGGUCCGAGAAGCUAGGUCGAGCAACGACUGGAGAAGCGGCCAUUGGUGGGAACAGGGAUACGUGCGGAGGAUCGAACUCCCUGAAAACGCAGAUUGGAGGAAAACAGAGGCGAGCAUAAACAACGACAUAUUUUUGCAGAUAAGAGUGCCAAAGGCUCCUCCCAAUUCCGAAAUCGGCCGAGGAAGCAACGGAGCGGCAAAAGACUCAUCAGAGAUCGCUUAGUAUGUAUCUGCAGAUUACACAUGCAUGAAUGCAUACAGAUAUGUAUAUUAUAUUCUUGUUUUGACAUGAUCAGCUUAUUCACCACGCAGAUCGAAUACAA